AUGGCAGCGCUAAAAUCCCACAAUCUCGAACCCCAGUUCACAAUCAUCGACCCCACAUCAAUAAUCCUCUCCCAAUUCCAGUCCGAUCACAACCUCUUACACCUCAAAACAGAGUCCAUUUUCCUGGAGAGAGGGCCUAAUUACAAAGCAUACGCUGAUCUCCGUGAAUCAAAGCUCCGAUCAAAGAACAAAUUCCCCCCACUGGAUCAAGAACCUCCACUUACUCCACCAAGAAAACAAGUCAAGUUCCAGGGGAGCUUGAUUCCAGGCCCUCCCAGGCGAAAAGUCUCCUCUGUUUUAGCUCAAUCAGUGCCUGAUUUUGCAGCUGUAGUGAGGAAGGAGAAUCGGAAGCCAAUGAUGCCUAUGACACCGGUGAUCGAAAAGGCAAGGACCCCGCCAGCAGGCUCGAAAAGUGGGAGAAUGUAUGGAGUUGGAUCAAAAUCUUGUGGGAGCAAGUCGGUUAAUUCGGGUGAAAAAAGAAAUGGUGGAGGCCUAAUGGGGAGGAAAAGUUAUGCAAGUAUGGAAGAAUUGAAGGGGUUGUCGUAUGCAGCUGCGAAUGCGAUUAAUAAUGGUGGCGAAAUCAGAGGAGGGAGGAGGACUAUUUUGGGCUAUAAACAUUGA